GUUCAAAUACUGAGUUUUCAGCGACAGCGUUACAUGUGUUUGUCUCCAGGCUGUGGAUUAUGUGGAGGCGUCUGCACGACUUCCAAGUUAACAUCUUCUUUUUCUGACCUUUGAAUGCUUUCACAGCACGCUUUUGGAAAUUCACUCUAAACUUUUUUGGGAAGAUGGAUAACAUGGAAGAAUCAAAGAGCUGCUCCGUCAGCGUCCUGACCUGGGAGCAGGUGAGCCGGCUGAAUGAAGUCCUCACGGAGGUUGUGCCUGUCCAUGGACGGGGGAACUUCCCCACCUUAGAGGUGCGGCUGAAAGACAUUGUGGCCCGGGUGCGCUCCCGCCUGGAGCUGAGCGGCAUCAGAGUAAAGGACACACGGCUCAACGGCUCCACAGCCAGCCACGUGCUGGUGCAGGAUAUCGGCUGGAGCUAUAAGGAUCUGGACGUCAUCUUCAGGGUGGACCUGCCGCACGAGGCAGAGUUCAGGCUCAUUAAGGACGUGGUGCUGGGUACCCUGCUGGACUUUCUGCCCGAGGGUGUGAACAAGGAGAAAAUUACACCCAUGACGCUCAAAGAGGCGUACGUCCAGAAGCUGGUGAAGGUCAACACAGAGCAGGACCGCUGGAGCCUCAUCUCACUCUCCAACAACAACGGCCGCAAUGUGGAGCUGAAGUUUGUGGACUCAAUACGCCGGCAGUUUGAGUUCAGUGUGGACUCCUUUCAGAUUGUACUGGACUCCAUGCUCUCCUACUAUGAGCUGGCACAGACGCCCAUGUCACAGGCCUUUCACCCCACCGUGAGCGGGGAGAGCGUGUAUGGGGACUUCAGCAUGGCACUGAGCCACCUGCGGAACAAGCUCAUCGCCACCAAGCGGCCAGAGGAGAUCCGAGGUGGCGGCCUGCUCAAAUACUGCAACCUGCUGGUGCGGGACUUUCGGCCUGCCAGCGAGGAGGAGUUCAAGGGCCUGGAGCGGUACAUGUGUUCCCGCUUCUUCAUUGACUUCCCAGACAUUGGUGAGCAGCAGCGCAAGGUGGAGGCCUACCUCCAGAGCCACUUCAUCGGUGAGGAGAAGAGCAAAUACGACUACCUCAUGAUCCUGCGGCGAGUGGUCAACGAGAGCACAGUGUGCCUCAUGGGCCACGAGCGGCGGCAGACCCUCCACCUCAUCUCGCUGAUGGCCUUCCGAGUGCUGGCGGAGCAGAACGCAAUCCCCGAUGCAUCCUGCGUCACCUGCUACUAUCAGCCGGCGCCUUAUGUCCGAGACCACAACUUCAGCAACUACUAUGUGGCCAACCAGAACAUUCCGACGUGGCUGCCGUGUAACUGACAAAGAAGUCAACAAGUGGGAGGAUGUACAAGAGGGUAACGCUGCUGCUGCUUUUGAGACGACAGAAGGAAUAAAAUUAAAAUAAAAAACUCCCCAAAAAGUAAUUAUUGAGGCAAUAAAUGCUAAUGUUCCUCUCAAGGCACAAUUAUAUUUAAGUGGACAUGUGUUUUGCUUUGUUUUUGGAAUCCUUUCUCAUUCCUUAUCUACAGAGUUGUCGAAGUCAUUGAAUAGAAAGUGAAAUUUUUAAGUGUUCAGACUUUUUUUCUCAUCGUGUUUGGUUGUUUCCCUGUUUAUCAGAGUUGUUUUGUGCCUUAACCUGCUGGUUUACCCCCCAAUAAUUUAUAUUUUUUGACAAAAGGGAGGGGAAAAAUGGUAUAGCCUUAAAUUUGGGUUUCUCCUGUGAUUAAGAAAAAAGUAAAAAGGCAGAAAAAAAAAUGUAAAAUAUUGAAAAAUAGUAUUAUUGGGGCAGGGAUAAUAUACAAGGUGAUGGCUCAAAAAAAAAGCACCAGUGUUAAAGUUUUGUUCACUGAGGAGAAAAGAAAGGUGGUACACUAAUAACUUUGUUCACAUCAGAAAUGGAGGGGAAGCGAAAGGGGUCAAUUUGUUUCAGUUCAUUUUGACGUGUAAAUAACUCACAGACGUUUGUGGUCUCCCAGUAUGCCGGCAGUGCCUGUGAUUUGUAAACAAUGCAAGAGAAAAAUGUGCGUAUUUUUAUUUUCCACUGUGAAUCUCAGUGUAGGACGAGCUCCCCUCCUCCCCCCUUUAUGCAGUUUACUAAGCCCUGUACUUUUCAGUCGAGACCGGCUCUGAGCGGAAAUCUGCAGCGAGACAGUCGGGGCCUCAGAUAGACAGGCUCCUGUGUGUCUGAGGAGUUUAUGCUCCUCUGUGUUUUAAGUCACUUCCAAACCCUCACCAGUGAUCUCCACAUGUCACAAUCCGCUGGCUAUUGUGGGACGCUGACUGAUGAGAGCGAGAGUGGACACGGGCCCGGCUGCUGAGAGCAUGGCCUCGUUGCCUGGAGCGAGAGCUGGCUGGGAGUCCUGGAGUGACAGGCUGACUGGCUGUCCCUUCCCUUAAAAGGAGCAGCACAUGGUGGACCCGCAGGGUCGUCCCUCACAACCAUUGCAGGCUCGACAGCAGCCCUGAAAUGGGAUCCUCCUCUGACGCAACACCGCAACUGGCUUUAAAACUACACAGGCCAUCUAUAAUUAUCCUCUUUUUCUUUUUUCCUGGAGGAGGUAUCUUCAGUGCGGAGAACUGGGCAUGGGUGUGCGAGCGGCAGCAGCAGCCCUGCCACCUUACAUGUGUGGGGAGCUGAGUCACUUCCUGUUCUCUUCUAUCCGGUGCAUGCUGGAACCACGCAGUGUUUGAACCCCUUUUGUGGUCAUGGGAGCACAGACACCAGGGAGUGCGACUGGUAUGUUAAGAGAAACGCCACUGUGUCUGCCAGUUGGAUGCCACUCCCCUUUUGGACAAAUUUGAUGCAUCCUGGAAGCUACAACUGACUUGAGCCAUGAGCCCCCCCCCUCCUCUCUAAAUGUGACGGGGUUGCUCUCCCAAACCUAUGAAUUACUAUUUCAAGCCAAGCCUAUUAUUAGCUGUAAACUUUGAACACUUGCAGCGUGGCAUAACUAUCACAUGGCCAAAGCUGUGACUUUAACCUGUCAUCUCUCCGUAGCAUCCAGGUUUGACACGACAAAAGUUGCUCUUAAACUUCAUGUGUAAGGGACACCUGCUGUGUUUCUGCCCCCCCCCCAGUCCAUCAGAAACUAAUUCCUGCUCACUCCCUUGCUGCUGCUGCUGUGUUCAUACCAGAUAACCAGGACCGUCUCUUAUCUGGCCGGCCCACAGCUCCUGACUGGCUACAAAAAUUGUUAGGGGACAGUCAGCUCGGCCUCUCUACAGGUCACACCCUGAGGUCAGGGCAUGCUCUGCUGGAUUAGCUGCUGAACUUUGGUAUGGGAGCUGCCGCUGUCUUUUUUUUUUUUUUUUUUAACAACAAGUGAGGUGCCACACACUGUCUCGCUCUGGACCAAAGUUACAACCAGCAACUGAAGCAUUCAAGUGCCUUUUGACUCUUUGGAGAGUGAUUUAGCUUUUUAAAGAGUUUUUAAAUGGUGAUCAGGAGGGAAAGCAUUUUUUCAGCUCCUUGAAACAAGGCUGCCAUCGUAGUUUAUGGGGGAAAUCAUACAUUUCUGGUUGGGGAGCAAAGUAAUUUUGGUUUGAAUUUGUUUAUUUGUUAUUUUAUUUUUCUUUUACUGUGUUUUUUUUUCCCCUUCAGUUUUUGUUUUUUAGUUUCAGUCUCAUGUGUCUAGUCAUUCCUGUCACAGUGUUCUCAGCCUUUUUCGUUUUACUCCCCUCUUUGUCUUUUCCAAAAUGUUGGGCCUUGUCACUGGCAGCCAUGUUGACCUCAGUCGUGCCUGAAUGCCUUUUUUGAAAUCCAACUUUUCUGAUUUUUCUAAACAGACGUCAUAUAUUUACCCUUAACUUAUUGGACUGCCUAGCACCGUAGCUCCACAUGAUCUGAAGCCGCCUGGCUGAAUUUGUUUUGCUGACAGUUUUGUCCCCGUUCAAACCAAAGCAAUACCUGAAGUGCACUGACGAGCUAUACUUUGGCACAGUAGCUGGAGGUUGACCAGCAGAGACCCCAUUCUAACAGAAGCACUUUAAAGAGGCCUUUUUUUUUUUACUCCAAACCCAGCCACCUGAGAGGAAUGUAAAUAAGCUAACAUGGUCAAUUGCUGGAGGGAGUUGAGCUGGUUCUCAGGGACAUAAUGUGUUUUUGAGGGCUCUGUUUUGUCCCUUAGUUUUUUUUUAUUUUGGGAGGAUAAAUUGGUUUCAUCUGCCCUUGACAUAGAGACGUCCCCUCCUUUAUACUCACCUUCAUUUUGUGUCCUUUCUUGUCUCUGUAUUAAUUGUGACUCUCCUGUUCUUGCCCCAAACUGCAGGGUCUUAUUGGAGUAGAUCAUGCCUGAAGGUGGAGGUAGUCAGCAGACGUCAGCUUGCUACAGCCUGACAGCAGUGCUGGGUUUUAUCUGUGCUCUGAAACCUCAUCAUCACUCAGUGGGUAGUCCCCUCUUACGCUCUGUUCACACUGCGAGUGACAAACGCAACAGUGUAGUCAUGUCGUCAUGGGCUUUGGUGUUUCGGCUACUUGCCACAAACAUGAACAUCAUCUUAAAAAAAAAAAAAAAACUACUCCAUUUUAAAGGCAUUGUGCUGAUCUUUUUAAGCAGGGUUGCAUGGAGUGCUUAUCCACAGUCAGUGUUGUAUACAGCACACAUUCAUCAGCACGCUCCCAGUUUGGAGAAUCAGACAGGAGUUUGACUUGGAAGCUAAGCAAUGCACUGAUGUGGGUGGGGGCAGCAACAGAAGGUAUGUUAGCCACCUAAAGAAGCAAUGUCAGUCAAAGUGUUUGCUAUAUUUACAGUGUUUGUAUCGCUAUCGACAGGAAAGGCGUAACCUCGGUUCCUGUUAUACACUUUCAUGAAAUCCACCAGACUCCAUUGAGAAAAACAGUAAUUUUAACUUGUCUACCACUGCUUCCAUCUGUUUUGUUUUGAUUAGUUUUUUUAUUUAUUGUGUGGCUUUGGUGUAAUGAACUAACCUUUUUAAAUGACAAAGUCACACAUUAACAAACAAACUGUUCGAGGCAGCAGUUGACCAGCACCUGCUGCGUUCAGCGACAUUAAAUCACUGUUUUUCUUAAUGGAGUCUGGCUUUGAAGAGAGCAAUAUAACGGCCUCAUUUUUCAAUUGUAAAUCGCUUUCUAACAUCAGAGUAAGGUAUUGAAAAUAUUCUAAACAUAGUCGACACUUAAAUAGUCGUGGCUAAUAUACAUUUUGUUGCUGACGCCUCCAAAGCAGUAGAUUGCGUAGUUUUUAUGUCAGCUUCUCCAAACUGACUAUUCCUUCAACAUUACAUUUCGUUGCCCCAUGUGCAUCCUAACACACUAGUGUUAGCUAGCAUAGCGUCAGCUAACUAAGCUAAUUAGCAUGACAUGAUUCUGCCAAGUAGGACAUGCUCAUGGAUCAACAUCCCACAUUGCAUUCCUUCCUGGACCAACACUGCAGUUAACCUAUCACAGCCCUCUGACAUCAUCAGAGUGCUGCUCCCGAGAUCCUUUAAGAAUCCGUUGGUGCUUCAUCAGAGCUAAGCUAGUUUUUCCAAACUGAAGUUGGUACAAGGGAACAAAAAUCUCAGCAACACUAAAAAAAACAAACAUGUAAGCUACUGCGGGGUUAGCUUGCUAACUAGGUUGGCUAUGCUAACAAGUAAGCUCGCUAAUAGGCCCUUAAUGUUAAUAAACAGUAUUUUAACUUAUUGGCAAGCUACCUGUUAGCAUAGCCUACCUAGUUAGCAAGAUAACUCGCUAACCUUGCAGUAGCUGUCAUGACUUUUGUUCAGUGUUACUGAGGAUUUUGUUUAAUUGUACUAACAUCAAUUUGGAAAAUUAGCUUAGCUCUGCAGAAGCACUGGAGCAGCACACAGAUGACCCUGGAAGGCAGUGUGGGACGUUGAUCCAGUGGCAUGUCCUACUUGGCAAACUUGCAUCAUGCAAGCUAAAUAAGACAGUACUACAGCUAGAAACCAGACAUUAGAUUGGUUGACGCUUCACUGUGUCGUUGGAGCGCUGAAAAAAGCACAAGCUAGCUUAACUUUGAUCUGUAGCACAUCAUGCCCGUCCUCUGCGCCAAGUCUCAGGUGUCAGUUUUUAGCUUCAUGUCACCAACUUCCAUUGAAAAAUACUUGUAGCCUGUUGCUUUGUCGCUUGUAGUGUAAACACAGCAUUAGUUUAGUGCUAACAGCUGGAUUUACCACCACACUGUUAGCCCUAAAAUGAUCGUUGCCUUGGUUGAAAGCAGGGUACAGAGUAUUUAUUUAGUCUCAGUCAUUCCCCAGUUUGUUUAUCCUUGCUGAGUGAUGAUUAAUUGGGUUAUUAUUUCAAAACCAGCAGCCCGGUGAUGCUGUUCAUAGUUGCAAGUUGAAGUCUGCUGAGCUGGUGAGGACUUGUCCCUUCUCGGGCUUUUUGUUGACAUCGCUCGAUAAAAAUAGUUUCGAGCGAGGCCAAAGAAAAUGGAACAAACAAACAUGCAUUUUCUAGAGAGUAGAUUGUGAACGCAGUCUGGAAUGUAAAUCCUCUGCUUGUUUUGUGUCCACCCUGCCAUCAUGUGUUCACGGUUCUUGUGACGUUUGUCUCACGACUGAAAAAACGCCUGUUAAUGAAAGCUUUACCUUCCCCCACUGGAUGAGAGUGGGGCGUAGCAGGGCUCAUGCUAAAUCACCGUGUCAGGGUUGAUGUGUGUGUGUCGAUGUAUGAAGUUUUUGUGAAGGACGACGUGGAGAGAAAAAAUAGGAUGAAGUGUAUUUUGCCUUUAUUUUCUGGCCCCCACUUUUUUUUUGUCUGCUGUAAACUACACAUCGAUCACGUCGCUUCUCUCACUCUCCUUGCCUUUGGUCGUCCCACUCGUUUGGGCUUUUGUUUAUUAGUGCAGCGUGUUUUUUUAUUUAUGACACCUGUAGAUGUAUUCUUUACUGGAGGGGGUGCAGAGGAAGCCGUGGAUUAGAUACGUAGUGGUUACGCUUGUCUACAGUACAAGUCUUACACCAUAGGAAUGUGAUGGAGGCUCUCCGACAGUUUCUACACGAAGAGUCGUGAAUUUUUUUGCAGCAGAUUUGUGUUUACGUUAAUGCGUGGUGGUGUGUGUGCUUGUUUGCAUGUGUGUAUGAAGGGAUGCCUGUUGCUGUUUAAAUAAAAAAAAAAAAGAAUAAAGUGGGGGGGAAAUAUGAAAUUUGUCGCACUUGUAUAUUUUUUUGAAAUAGUUAAUGCAAAAUAGCUUUUUUGUCAGCUUCGUGAUUGUGACGAUGAGUUUGAUGGUACAACCAUUAUACUAUUUCAUUUUUCAGGACUUUUACCUCACUUGAGUUUUUUCUUUUUUGAAUGGAAAUGUACAUGUACAUCAGGAAAAUGUGUUUGAAGAGGAAAUAAUGAAUAAAGAGUAUUAAACGCAA